UGAGUAGGCAGAGGCAUGUUUGGAAUUGUGCUCGCGUCUCAUCAAUGCUGCGAUUAAGAAAGGCACUUGUUACUGGCACCUCGGCUCCUCUGCUUUAUUCUCCGUGGCUUUUGUAACUUCGUCAGGAAAGUAACACACCACGAAUAUUCUGCUCAAACGGAGUCAACUGGGAGAAGGAUCCAGCGAUGAACUUCUUGAAAUCACUCAACAUUCCCACUAAAACACCCAACAAGGAAUCUGCUUCUCCAGCAACGUCGAGAGCAAAGCCUGAGGCGGAAAACGAGCCGGCGCCACCCUCAACUGCUGCGUCGGAUCCCCCGGCAGCAUCCAAAGGCAUGUCCAUCCCCCCGCCACCGCCCCCAGAGCCACCCAAGACGGAAAUCAAAGGCGAAUCAGCUGCGAAACAGUCACCGAAACUAGAGGCGAAAACUGCGGCCAAAGGCUCUGUGUCGGCCAAAGCCAAGCCCCCAAAAGUCUCCCUGGGCAGCUUCUUCGGUUCAAAGGUAGCAAAAGAGCUACAAACCGCUGAGGAGCAGGUGGCAGAGCUACAGGACACGGCAGUAGAGAAAGCCCAGGCUGAAAUGGAGGUAGGAGGUCAGAAAGUGUCGGAGGGGCUGAACGAGCUGCAGCAACUGGUAGAGGACAAGAUGGAACAGGAGGCGUCACAGCUGGUGGCUGAGGCCGAGAAGAAGGUGGACCCCUCAAAAACUGGGACCCUGGAAGCUGCUGCCAAACCAGAACCACCUCCGCCAGCACAGGAUGAGAAACAGGCAAAUAUGAAGUUCUCCUUCUUGGAUUUUUUCAAGUUUAAGCCUCUUGGACCCAUCAAGACGACCUCCGCAUCAUCAGCAGCAGAACCAGCUCCGGCAGCUAAAGCAAAAGAAGAGCCAAAAGUAGCAGUCAAGUCUCCAGAACCUCCUGUAGAAGCCAAACCGGCCCCAGCGCCCCCUCAGGCUGCCGAGGCUGCCGCAAAUUCACCCAAAAAACUGGAGAAACGGAACUCCAUUGGACUGUUCUUCAAGAAUCUGAGUCAGAAACGAAACUCCACAGACGCAGGGAUCCAGACGGAGUCGGCGCCGGUUUCUGGAGCACCUGAGAAGACCAAAUGAAAGCAGAAUCAACCCUGAAUCCCGCUGUACAUACUUCCCCUACUGUCUGAUCUCAGACCGCAUUCUUGUUUCCAGAAUCAAUCUACGAUCCAUAUUUAAUCCGAGCGCUCUAGUCGAUCGUGUCGAAGUUAACUUCAGUCAAUCCAGAUUUCUGCCUAGGACUCAUCCACUCAAAUAUCAAGGAUUAAAAGCGAAUGAAUAUUGUUGAGGAACCCGAAAAGCGCCUUGUUUCAUAUGCUAACUAUGGUACAGUUUGACAUGCAUGGGAACAAAUGCUGUCUCAAAUGUUCUACUGUUGUAUUCCAGGGUUUAACGUAAGCUUUAACUGUCCCAGCAAAGAGAUAGUUGAAAAAAGGGGAAGUGCGAGAGUUUCAGAGGCAUGUAAAAUGAUGUUAGCUUUAUUGUUGAUACUGUCUUCCAUGUUACUUGAAGACUCUACUUCAAAUCAAACAACAUUUGACCAGUUCAUAUGCAACGUUUUAACUCCAAUCCGUCACUAACUUUUUCCAGUUGCUUCUGUUCAUCAUGUCACAUAUUUUAUAAAUGAUAUUUUUUCAAAACAAAACUGGCUUCACCUGAGAUGUAACCCCAAAGCAUCAAACAACAGAAACAAGGGGGGUCUGCAGUGGUCAGUGGCGAUACUUCUGGGUUCCCUUGGAAAGUGUAAAUGUGACCCAUGCGGUGCGGGAGGCAGGCAGUCAUAAUAUUAUGGUCAUCCCACCAAACUCCCUUAUAGACACCAAAUGCAUGCAUUACUCAACUCUCUCUUUCUUUUGAAAUAACAAUUAAAAACAUGGAUGAAAGCCAACAUGGGUGAAAGCCAACAUGUCUGCGUAUGUGCAAUAAUGUGCAAAUAUUGUGGUAUUAUAGCAUUUAUAGCUCUGUGGGAUUUAAGUCUUCGUCGCACACGUGUCGUGUCUGCGUAUAAAAACAAAAUCACCAAGUGGUUCUUCCUGUCAUUUUGUUGGUCUGUUGUGGUGUUUGUGUAUCUAAUACUUUGGUUUGCGCUUGUGUAAUGACUGUUGUAUUAAAGGCAAU